AUGGACUACUUCCGAGAGGAUCCUCUAGCAGCGGGCCUGCUCACAGCUUUCGUCGCGUCUGUUACCCCAACACCGACUUCGUCACACUUUCUCGCGUCGCUUUCAUCUCAGCCUCAUCCGACGUGGACCCCCGACCCCGUAUUUGACGACGGCGGCGAUGGCAAGGGGAGUCUACAUGAAUGGUCUUCUCUGAUCGGUAUUGCAACCGCGUUAGCUGGAAACGUACUGAUCUCCCUCGCACUCAAUAUUCAACGCUAUGCACACAUCAGGAUCGAUAGGGAAUUGGAACGUAACAAACAACAGAAGGAGUUGGGCUGGAAGCGCGCCAAUUCAGGUCGCGGUACUUCGGGCUUAUAUGGCACCGUAUCGGAGCAUGAUGGAGUUGACCGUGGACGAGGGAGGAACAGGGUAAAUCGAAUCGAUCGCUAUCGCGACGAAUCGCCGAAUCCCAACUCCAUGUACCAUGAUCAACCUCAUAUUGAUGUUGGAACGGAUGAUGAGGUGGAGGACAAUGCACGGGACUCCCAUGAUCAAAUGCGCGAGUCCUUUUCGUCGGACAUGACCAUGCGGCCUGGAGAUAAAGACCUGCGCCGUAAAUCCUACCUUCGUUCGCCAUACUGGUGGGUUGGGAUUAUACUCAUGUGUUUGGGAGAGAUCGGUAAUUUCAUGGCUUAUGGAUUUGCUCCGGCAUCGAUUGUCUCCCCUCUAGGUGUUGUCGCGUUGAUUUCUAACUGUGUCAUCGCCCCGUGUAUGCUCAAGGAAAAGUUUCGGAAGCGCGACCUCUGGGGAGUCCUAGUUUCAAUUGCCGGAGCUGUGGUGGUCGUUCUCAGUGCCAAAUCGUCCGAAGAAAAGAUUGGACCUCAUGACAUUUGGGUGAUGAUCACACGCUGGGAGUUUGUGCUGUACCUAGGCAUUUCCACUGCCUUGAUUGUUGCUCUCAUGUCGGCGAGCAGCAAGUAUGGGCCGCGAACUAUCCUGAUCGAUGUUGGGUUAGUUGCCCUCUUUGGCGGAUAUACUGCACUGUCAACAAAAGGGGUUUCUUCACUUUUAUCAUUCACCUUGUGGCACGUCAUCACUUUUCCAGUCACUUAUCUCUUGGUGUUUGUCCUCGGUUUUAGCGCUCUCAUGCAGAUUCGCUACAUUAAUAGAGCUCUGCAACGGUUCGAUUCCACCCAGGUGAUUCCCACGCAGUUUGUGCUCUUCACCCUUUCCGUCAUCAUCGGCAGUGCGGUUCUAUAUCGGGAUUUCGAAUCAUUUACAGCCGAACGAGCCAGAAAGUUCGUCGGCGGCUGUCUCUUAACUUUCCUGGGCGUGUACUUCAUCACCAGUGGUCGAGUCCGUGCCGACGACGAAUCCUCUUUCUCGACCGAUGAUGAAGAGGAAGCUAUCGGCCUACUGGGAGGAGAGCGGUAUCGAGACCGAGUCGACAUGUCGCCACCUGCACGGCAGAUGAGAAUACACGAUGCUGGCCAAAAGAUUCCAGAAGGCCAUGAUGAUGAACUUCGAUCUCCGGCGGGUUCGCUUCUCAGUCAUGGAAUGGACGAUAUUGAUGAAAGUCAGUCACCUGUUGGUUCACUAACUGCAGAAUCCGCCAAACCGUUACUCGGACCCUCUCCGUUCCAUCCAGACUCGCUCUUGACAAACCCCUGGGCGGACUUUCAGGAGUCAACAAUCGAAACACCCAGAUCCGAACCCCAGAUGCCCUGUCCAGCUACUCCUCUGGAGCCGUCAGACUCCACUGUUCUUCUCCGCUUCCCUUCUGUCCCAGGCGCCGAAGACCACCGUUCUAAAGUCGACGCUUCAUCCGGGCCGGAACAGCCCAGCUCUCGAAAUAACCUCGCUCCACAGACUCCCCCAUCGCGCCGAGUGCGCAACUCCAUAUCAUCUCGCUUUUCUCCCGGGCCUCUCCUUCCCACCCUAUCGGCAGGUUUCAGUGCAGUAGUUGCGGAGUCCCUUCGCCGCGACGAGACCAGUCCGGCGAAGGAGCGCAGACCACGACGACGAGACCGAAGCAAACAAUUGAGCACAACAGUAUUGGAUGCAUUUCUCCGGCACAGGGAUACUAACCCUAGUGCUCCCAGCGACGACACUACCGGUAACCCUGGUGCUUCUGCCGAUGCUCACGAUCCUCGAUUUGCCCUGGCAACUGCCCGACUCUAUUCAACAGGCGACCUUGCUACUGUCCCCGGCACAGCGGGCCAAUCGACUCCCGUUCUCGAUGCUGGAAGUGUCAGACGGACCCAUCAUCUAGAUGAUACUACAUCGGUCUCACGACUCCGAAGUCUAAGCGACUCAUGGAGCGGGGGCUUAUCAUGGCUAGGUCAAGCCCUCCGUCAAUCGGACGAUACCAGAUCAACGACGACAUCUUCUGCUAUUGAACCAGUCAGCCAGGGACAGGAAAAUACCAGCGACUUCCACAGAAAGGACAAACAGGGACAUGCAAGUACAGAUUAG